CACCUCCAGGACCUUUGUGCAUCAUAAAUGUGUGUCUUCCCCAUCCGAAGUCCUAAUCCUCCACUUGUGACGGACAAUUGGUCACUAUGGCAACUGACUGUGACGUCACAGAAUAAGGACUUCAGGUGAAGUGGCAGGAGCAGAACUCAUCUCCUGUCCUGGGUGUAAGCGAGUAUACCUUACCAGGGAUGUAACUGAACAUUUUUUUCUGUGUGCUUCUACUGGGCGAUCCAAGAUGGCCAGGAACUGCUCCGAGUGCAAGGAGAAGAGGGCGGCGCACAUCCUGUGCACCUACUGCAACCGCUGGCUGUGCAGCUCGUGCACCGAGGAGCACCGGCACAGCCCUGCCCCCGGGGGCCCGCUCUUUUCCCGGGCCCACAAGGGACCGCCAGGAGUGAGUGGUGGUUCCGGAGACUUCGCCUUGUACUGUCCUCUACACACACAGGAAGUGCUCAAGCUAUUCUGUGAGACCUGUGAUGUGCUUACGUGCCAUAGCUGCCUCAUGGUGGAUCACAAGGAACACAGGUGCAGACAUCUUGAAGAAGUUUUGCAAAACCAGAGGAUGCUUCUAGAAAGUGUGACUACACAGGUGGCUCAUAAGAAAUCUAGUCUACAGACAUCUGCAAAACAAAUUGAGGACAGGAUUUUUGAGGUGAAGCAUCAACACAGGAAGGUGGAAAACCAAAUCAAAAUGGCCAAGAUGGUUCUGAUGAAUGAGCUGAACAAACAGGCCAACGGGCUCAUAGAGGAGUUGGAGGGCAUUACUAACGAGAGAAAGCGGAAGCUGGAACAGCAGUUACAGAGCAUCAUGGUUCUCAACCGUCAGUUUGAACAUGUGCAGAACUUCAUCAGUUGGGCUGUCUGCAGCAAAACCAGUGUCCCUUUCCUGUUCAGCAAAGAGCUGAUUGUGUUUCAGAUGCAGCGAUUGCUGGAGACAAACUGUAACACAGAUCCGGGCUCCCCCUGGAGUAUCAGAUUCACCUGGGAGCCUAACUUCUGGACCAAGCAGCUGGCUUCCCUUGGCUGUAUAACUACUGAAGGUGGACAGCUGUCCCGGGCAGAUUCUCCUGCUUAUGGAGGCUUACAGGGACCGUCAUCCUUUUAUCAAAGCCACCAGUCCCCAGUGGCUCCGCAAGAGACUCUUAGCCACCCCUCGCACAAGUUCCAGUCUCCAGCACUGUGUUCCUCCUCUGCCUGCUGCUCCCACUGCUCCCCAGCCUCGCCCUCCCUCAAAGGCCAGGUCCCCCCACCCAGCAUACACCCAGCCCACGGCUUCAGGCAGCCCUCUGAGAUGGCACGGCAGCAACUGGGGUCUCUGCAGUGCUCUCCCCUGCUGCCCAGGGAGAAGGAGCUGGCUUGCAAUCCUCAGCCCCCAAAGCUGAUGCAGCCCUGGCUGGAAAGCCAGCCGCCCGGGGAGCACGAGAACCCAGCCCAGCGGCUCGGGCCGCAGCUGACUUCCCAGCCCGUGUGCAUCGUGCCCCCGCAGGAUGUUCAGCAAGGGGCCCAUGCCCAGCCCCCCUUGCAGACCCCCUCUAUCCAAGUGCAGUUCGGCCACCACCAGAAGCUGAAGCUCAGCCACUUCCAGCAGCCGCCGCCGCAGCAGCUGCCCCCCCUGCCCCCUCCGCCACCUCCACCCCAGCAGCCGCCGCCACCUCUACCUCCGCCCCAGCAGCCGGCUUCGAGUCAGCGUGGCAGCCCUCCUGGGCCUGCCUGUUCCCAGAACGUGGAUAUAAUGCACCACAAAUUUGAGCUGGAGGAGAUGCAGAAGGACCUGGAGCUUCUCCUUCAGGCUCAACAGCCCAGCCUACAACUGAACCAGACCAAAUCCCCUCCGCAUCUUCAGCAAACCAUUGUGGGGCAGAUCAACUACAUUGUGAGGCAGCCAGCGCCCGUCCAGUCCCAGAGCCAAGAGGAUGCUGUGCAGGCUUCAGAGGAGCCCCCAGCAUCGGAAGGCCCAAAGCCAGCUCUCCCUCUUGACAAGAAUACGGCUGCUAGCUCGCCCCAGGCGCCUGGGGAGGAAACCGCUCCCGGUGCACCCGCACUGGACGGCACCAUCCGGCACCCCUCUCCAAAUGUGGUGAGAAAGCAUUCCACUUCAGUGAGCAUCAUGGGCUUUUCCAACACGCUGGAGAUGGAGCUGUCAUCUACCAGGCUGGCAAGGACCCUAGAGCCACAGAUCCAGAGCGUGAGCAGCCUGACUGCUGCCCCUUCCCACAUGGUCCCAAGCCUGCUGAGCGGCACACCCACAACUGUGUCCGGCCUGAUGAGCGGUCAAAACCAGGCUAUGCCCAGCCUGACAGUCAGUCAUCUCCAGACCAUACCCAGCCUCGUACGCAGCGUGCCCCAGCCCAUGCCCGGUCUGAUGAGUGAUUCCUCCCAGGCCAUCCCAAGCCUAGGAAGUAAUCACUUGCCGGCCAGGCCCAACCCGAUGUCCGGUCUCACCCAGACUGUGCCGAGUCUGGCGACUUGUCCUCUGCAGAGCAUGCCUCCAGCAGCUGACAUGCAACCGGAAAGUGGUUCCAGCUGCAGUCCAGGCUCUGGCCGAGCUGGAGGGAGCCUGUGCCCUGCAGAUGGGGCUGACCCCUCUCUUGGGAAUGCCCUGUGUAAGAUGGAAAGUGAGGAUUCUACCCGCUUCACUGACUCUCUGGGACAAGACCCCACAACCCCGGGUCUGGAGGUUUCCAAGGAUGUGGCUAUGCCUGCAGAACUGGAGGAGCCAAUUAACCUCUGUGUGAAGAAACCUCCACUGGCGCCAGCGGUCAGCACAUCCAUGGCUCUGCAGCAGUACCAGAACCCAAAAGAGCAUGAGAGUUUUGAGCAAGGAGCCCUGGAGCUGGAUGCAAAAGAGAACCAGAGUAUCAGGCCCUUCAGUAGUGAGCCUAAGAUUCCCUACGUGCGGCUGGAGCGGCUCAAGAUCUGUGCGGCCUCCUCAGGAGAGAUGCCGGUGUUCAAGUUGAAGCCCCAGAAGAAUGAGCAGGAUGGGAGCUUCCUGCUGAUCAUUGAGUGCGGCACUGAGUCCUCCAGCAUGUCCAUUAAGGUCAGCCAGAACAACCUGCCUAAUGCCGUCCAGGCCCCAAGUCUGGGGGGAAGAAAGGUCACUGUCACUUCUCUGGCUGGGCAGCAGCCCCCAGGGGCGGAAGGCGCAUCUCCUGAGGAACAAAGACUCAUUCCUCGGACCCCUGGAGCCAAGAAGGGGCCCCCAGUACCCAUAGAGAACGAGGACUUCUGCGCCGUGUGCCUCAAUGGGGGGGAGUUGCUGUGCUGUGAUCGCUGCCCCAAAGUGUUCCACCUCUCCUGCCACCUGCCAGCCUUGCUCGGCUUCCCGGGGGGAGAUUGGGUGUGUACCUUGUGCCGCAGCCUGACCCAGCCCGAGAUGGAAUACGACUGUGAGAAUGCCCGCUAUUGCCAGCCUGGGAUGCGGGCCACCCCUGGCCUGAGCGUCUGUGACCAGAAGAAGUGUGAAAAGCUGGUCCUGUCCUUGUGCUGCAAUAGCCUCAGCCUGCCCUUCCACGAGCCCGUUAGCCCGCUGGCCCGGCAUUACUACCAGAUUAUCAAGAGGCCCAUGGACCUGUCGAUCAUCCGGAGGAAGCUGCAAAAGAAGGACCCAGCUCACUACACCACCCCGGAGGAGGUGGUGUCCGACGUCCGCCUCAUGUUCUGGAACUGUGCGAAGUUUAAUUAUCCUGACUCAGAAGUUGCGGAGGCCGGCCGCUGCCUGGAAGUGUUCUUUGAGGGCUGGUUGAAGGAGAUCUACCCGGAGAAGCGUUUUGCCCAGCCAAGGCAGGAGGACUCAGACUCCGAGGAGGUGUCUAGCGAGAGUGGGUAUUCCACUCCCCAGGGCUUCCCAUGGCCCCCCUAUGUGCAGGAGGGCAUCCAGCCCAAGAGGCGGCGGCGACAUAUGGAGAACGAAAGAGCAAAACGAAUGUCCUUCCGCCUGGCCAGCAGUGUCUCCCAGGUGUGAGCAGCCUGGUGGCUGGUGCCCCAUCCUGUCGACCACUCCUCCCCACCUUUCAGCUCAUUCUCUUCAGAUCGUGGAUGUGAGACGAGUCUUGUCGAGCUGUGUAGUGCUCUUCUUUGCCGUUUGCAUCUUACAGCAUUCAUUUGGGAGCCAUAGUGCAUCCACUACAGAGAAGAUUUCAGUAAUAAACAGCAAAGAGGGAGGUGUUCCCGAUUACCAGAAAAAUCAGAUGUGUAGGGUCCACUUGAUGAGCCCACGCCCGGUCAGGCUCGGGAGGACCUAACUUCCUUGGUGACUCUCUGCUGAGGAAAGCAGACUUUUCUCACCUUUCAGCGUGCAGGGCUCGGGAGCAAUGUAUAUAUCUGAAGUCCUCUUGGGCCCCGAGGGGAGGAAAAGAAGGGAGAGAGGUUCUGACAUACGGCAGGCCCGUGAGCCCUGGCCCAGCACAGCCAAAGACUGUCACUGUUUGCCUUUGCUUGGCCUGCCGGGACAGGACGCUGCCUUGCGCAGGGUAAUGGAGGCUUCUAGAGGCCAGAGGUCUCAAUUGGUGCCUAUUUGGGUUCUAACGGUUUUCAGGGUAUUUGUUUCUCAUGCCCCCUCUCCCGAUGUUGACUUAGGUGGCUGCUGUGCUCUAGGUGGUAUGGCCUUCUCAACGGGGCUGGGUGGCUGUGCAGGGGCCGCUGACAGCUUCAGGCUCAGAUUUCACUGGCAGAGCCUGUCCUCUGUGCCACUGACUUUGGGUUCAUAGCUCUUCUUCAGUGUCAGAAUCUGCCUUUCUAGGAGUGACUGUCAGUGGCCAUCCCUUCGGUGUCUCCACUCGGAGGUUCGGACUCUGAGUUCUGCCUGGGAAACCUGAGAGGCAGGGGCUGGCCAAGGAGGCUGACCCAGAACCAGCUCACCCUGCUGGGCUUCUCCUCCUCUUAGAGAUCCUAGUCCCCAGCUUCCCCACUUUCACAGAGCCAAAGAUCAGAGGCGAGUGCUCUGACUCACCUGCCCCCAGGCUGCCCGCAGCCCAGAAAAAGCCAAGACUCUAAUGGUAACCCUUUUCUGUUGGAGGCUGGAGAAGGCCAGAGGGUGAGCCAGGAGCCCGAUCCAACCGCUCAUGGGGAGAUGUUCUGUCUAGGGUGGAGAAGGGGAAAACUGAGAGGUGAGGAGCCAGAGUCCUUCGGUGACCUUGAAGCAACUAAGAAUGCAGAGGGAAAUGUUCUGGAAGCCACAGGCAUGGGAAUUCCAGACUGCAUCUCGGAUGGAGAUGGCUCUUCAUGGUCCGUGUGGGGUGUUUGGGAGGAGGCGGCCCAGGCAGUUGCUGGGGGUCAGGCUACUUCGCCAGCAAGGACUCGGUUGAGAAGGAAGCUACUGCUGAUGAUGCUGGGGGAGCUGCAGAGCCGGCACCCCCGUGGCCUGGCCUGCAGACGCCGCUGUCUCUGGUCUCGUCACGGCUUGGCUAAUUGCAAGGGAGUCUUAGGUCAUGGCUUUAUUUUUGCUAAGAGAUGAAGUUUAAGGAAGUUCUUGUGUGUAGGGCCUUUGUCAAUGGGAACAUUCUGCUUGGAGAAAAUAUUUCUUCUCUCCUUGUCAGUUGGUGGUACUGCUCAUUUCCUUCGACACCCAGGCUGGGAGGCUGUCUUCACUUCAGAGCCAACCACGCCCUUGGCCCACCAUUCUUUCAUCAGCCCUUGCCAGGCUCUCCUGCACAGAUGGGCUUCCAUAGUCCUGUUUCCAAGUUUGGGGUAACUAAGUCUCUAAUGAGCCAGUAGCCAGGCAAUCUUUAGACCUAGCCCUCUGCUCUUUGGGGCGCACAUGACUCUCUGGAUUGGGCAUUGGCUACUUCCCUUUCAAUUUUUGAAUCUUUUCCCCUGUUUAGUUGACUUGGCAAGGUUCUCUCUGUACUUACCUCACUAAUUCAUGCUCUUGGUCAUCUUUUCUUUGUUGUGGCCCCCCACCCCCACCUCCCCUGCGUGAGCAUCAUGGUGCUAUGUGCCGGACAGUCAGGUAAGGGCUGUGUCAGCCUCAAAUCUGAUUGAGAUCCUUCCACAGGACCAACUGGAGGCCACAGAUACGAAGCAGAAUUGCCUGGCUAACUGCUUGGCUUCCCUUCUGUUACGUAUAGCGUGCUGGGCCAGGAGAUCUUAGUAAUGUGGUAGAGAGUCACAUAUUCCUUUCCCAUCGCAGAGACCCUGCAUGCUGAGAGGCCCACUUUCGGCACCUGAGCAGUCGUAGGGUGUCUGCAAGGGGGCGAGGCCCUGACCCACCACACCACCCCUGCACUGGUUACCCCACACCACUGCCCCCCCUCCCCGGGCUUUUCCUGUGGACUUAACACCAGCAUUUUGCGUCAUGGUCUUGUUUUGUUUUUGCAUGCAGAAAGCAGAACAUGACUUUUUAGAAAUUAAAAGAAAAAGCUGCUAGCUGAGUGACUGACCUCAUUGGCUAUUUGCUAAUGUCUGAGCUGAUCCUGCUUUUGACUUACUCCCAAAAUGGCCCCUUUUGAAGUCAGUCAAGUCCUUUGGCCCUUGACUAAGUCAUGAAAUGGAAAUACAGUGAGUUCUGGUCCUCACAGUACAGAAUGCAGUCCUAGUGGAGAAAUGGGGCUCCUUGGAUGUGCUGAGGAAUAGGAAGCAGAGUGGCUUCAGUGGAUAUGAAGGGGAUUUUAGUGCAAAAAUUGGAGCAGGAUGAAUUGCGCAGUACUCUUCCAGAACAUGGGUAGGCUGGCCCUACCUGACUUCUAGCAGUUGCCAACUACACCCCCUCUGCAGGUCCCCCUCCCACAGUGGCAGCUGCCUGACCCUCUGUAGGCUCCGCUCAAAGAUUUGGUGGGUUCUGGCUCACUGUGGCAACAGGUCUUUGCCUUGCUCCUGAGACCUAGACCUCUCCUCGUUUGUUCCCAGGCUCUGCUCUGCUCUCUUUCACUCCGUGAUGUCAUGUCACCUGUAGUCUUCUCUCCUGAAUUCCUGAAAUGAGACUUUGCUCCUUCGGGAUCACCUCCCCCAUGCUUCCUCUUCUCCCACUCCCUCGCUGCUGUUUACUGAAAUUGCCUGCUCCUUUAGCCCAGUUCCCUGACCUCCUCUCUUUGUCUCAGCCUUCACUUGGGCUGCUUCCUCUCCCUAGCCUAAACCCGUGGCCCAUCACACACGGACAUUUUUAUCAGGAUCCUGAACUUUCUUAUCCUCCCCAACUCAAACCUUGCCCUGAAACUGUCAACCGUUCUCCAUUUUUGGCAUCUGCUUAUUUUCUGAUCCCUCCUCCUGGGUUGCUAAGCAUGACAGCUUCAUAGUUGACACCCUCAGUUGGGCUGUCAACAUUGAUGGGUAUAUUUUUGGCUUGUAAUUAUGCUACUAUCUGUCCAUGCCCCUCAUCUUUGCUCUCAGCAAGUGACUGACCCCAUUGCCUACUUUACAGAACAGAGUCCCUAAAGUGAGAACCUCCUUGCCCACUUGCUCUUCUCUACCUCCCAUCUGUCUGUGUCUGCAUCCCUCUGCAGAUCCUUGCCUUCUGCUCCCGUUUGGUGCUGUUUCUUGAAUUCUGCUCUAUGGCCUCCAAGACUUAUCCCUUAUCCCACCGUUCCCACUUCCUGGGGCCUCAACCUCCCUCUCCAUCAGUGGCUCCACAAAGCCUCCAAACAAGCAGAGGUCUCCCCCAGACUAAAACAAAGCUUCUUAGAGUCGGUUGCCCCUUACCCAUUUUCCUUAUUAGCCAAGUUUCUUUAAAAAAGGAUUUUUUUCAUUAAUCCUUUUCACUUUUCAACCCUCCACAGCUUUUCGUAAGAGUCACCAGUGACCACCCAGUUACCAAAUCGAAAGAAUACCUUUCAGUCCUCAACUGUCUUGACGUCUCCACAACAUUUCACACCACCCACCCAUUGCUCUUUGAGACAACCCCUUCACAUGGCUUUUCUGACACUGCAGGUGUCUGGGUUAUUCUCUUACCUCUUGGCCACACAGGCUGAGCCUUUCUUGAAGUCUUGACAAGGGAACACAUCUGCAGCUCCUUGCGGUCUCCCCUCUUCAGUCACUGGGCCGUCAGGAGGAAGCCUGGCUGUUCCUGCCCCCCACCCUCUGGGUCCGCCUGUUUUCCUUGAGUCCGUUUCUCUCCCUGGACUCUGUUCUCCCCAUGCCAGUCAUGUUUAUAAGCUCUCCUGGGAGGACAGCACCUGCAAGCCUUUCCCUCUGCCUUUGCCAGUGUGGUAUGGAGACAGAUUUUAGCUAUGUUCGCCAAGAGGUCCCAUCCAAAUCAGCUUGAGAAUGUGGAUUGAGUCUUACCAAGAAGCAGUUUGGUAAAUGGGAUUCCCAGGCUGGUGGGCAGCUCGUCGCCAUGAUCCCCAUACCAGUUAGAGCCAGCCACAGUUGGUGAGGCGCUGGGGAUCAUGACAAAACACGUUUCCAUGCAUGGGUCAUUGUGCUACUGGUCAGGAGGAGGAUCCUGGCAGGGGUGGCUGUCUGCCACUGGUAACGUUCUGGUCGAGGAAAAACUGAGAAGUGCCGGGAUUCAUCCCUUGCUUCAGCUGGGCCUCUUUUGGCCAGGUCUGUCCCAUCUGUACUGAUAUCAGCCCCGGCAUGCUCCAGCUGUUCCUAGAGCUGGACGCAGAUGUCGGGUGUUUUCUUGGAGGUGGGGUGAGAUAGUAGAAAGUGACCUGAUUUGAGAUGCUGAACACCUCAAUUUUGGCUCUGCCAGUUAUGAGCUAUGUGACACUGGGUACAGUUUCCCCAUCUAUGAAGUUGGUUGGGGGAGGGGGUUGAAAACAGUGAUCUCUCAGAGGCUGUGCUACUGGAAAGCUGGUGGUAGUGAUUCUAACUCUAAAGCUCAGGCCCCACAGGGAGCAAUUAAUGGGGGUAGGACAUAGCUGGGGAGUUUUGGCCAAGGCAGGACAAAGGGACUCACAGGCUAGACUGAGCUGCUUUGAGGAAAGCAGCUUUGAGCUGCUUCUUGAGCCAUGUGCCCAUUCCUCAAGCUGCACCUCUUUCUUGGAUAUCUAGGGUGAGUUCCUCUUGGGCCUUUUCCAGAAGUGGCCAUUGGAUCCAAAGUGGUUGAGGGCAGGAGGGAGGAAUAUUGUGAAGGGAAAUGUCACUGAUCUUAAAAGGACUUACACAUUCAAGAACAAAUUAAAAAAUAGCACUUUUCUUUACCAA